AUGAAUCGGCCGCCGCGCCCACCCCUGCGCCGCCCUAGCCCGCGCUCGCCCACUCUGCGCAGGGCGCCGCGAUCCCCAGCGAGUCCGCGAAACGCGCUCGGCGACACACGCUGCGUUGAUUUGUACGUUACGCUUUGCACUUUGUACGUCACGGCACAGUGGGCGUCCCUGCGUGCGGGGAGGGCGUACGGCGGCUGCGCGGUACAUCGCGACCUAAGGGCUCGUACAGUGUGCGAGACCAACCGACCUAGGUCGGGACUCACA